UUUCGUUUUGGACUCGCUCGUGUUCCGGUGUGGCGCACAGUUUACUUCAGAGAGGACUGAACGCUGCCUCUGAAAACAUGCAACCGAAAGCAGAAAAAUCACCUUAAAAACUUUCUUUGAACAGGCGAAGCGAACAUUCCUGCGGAAAGCGCGUCGGUGGCGCAGAUUUGGAUGGAGCUCCGCAGAUGACACCACCUGCGCGCUGCGGGUUCCUCUCAGCAUCUACGGAGAACAUGUCGACAGGGAUGAGAGGUUCUCCUCUGCUCGCCCUUCUGGUCUCCGUGUUCGUGACUUUUUUCCGGGGCGCACGUGGACAAGAAGGUUAUAGUUUGAAUCCGCCGUACUUUAACCUCGCUGAAGGUUCGCGGAUCUCCGCCACCGCAACCUGCGGCCAGGAUGAAGCAGGAACACCGAGGAACGAUUUGUACUGUAAACUGGUAGGAGGACCGACCUUCGAGGUUCCUAUUCAGAACAUACAGGGUCAGUUCUGUGACUACUGCAAUUCUCGUGAUCCAAACAAAGCCCACCCAGUGACCAACGCCAUCGAUGGGACGGAGCGAUGGUGGCAGAGCCCCCCUUUGUCCAGGGGCAUGGGGUACAAUGAGGUCACUGUUACACUGGAUCUUGGACAGCUCUUCCAUGUGGCGUACGUUCUUAUAAAGUUUGCUAAUUCUCCUCGCCCUGACCUUUGGGUGCUGGAGCGCUCUUGGACCAUGGGGAGAACCUACAGCCCGUGGCAGUAUUUUGCACAUUCGAAGCACGAGUGCAUUGAACGAUUUGCAAAACAGCCCAAUGGACGUAUCUUGAGAGACGACGAUCAGCUGUGCACCACAGAAUACUCACGGAUUGUCCCAUUGGAGAAUGGAGAGAUUGUGGUGUCGCUGGUCAACGGUCGGCCGGGAUCCAGAAACUUCACCUACUCACCCGUUCUGCAAGACUUUACAAAGGCCACCAACAUCCGCCUUCACUUCCUGCGAACCAGCACGUUGCUGGGACACCUCAUCUCCAAGGCCCAGAGAGACCCGACCGUCACACGCAGGUAUUACUAUAGCAUCAAAGACAUCAGCGUCGGCGGGCGCUGCGUUUGCCACGGGCAUGCGCAGGUGUGCGGUGGGCGUAACCAGGACAACGCUAACAGACUCCAGUGCGAGUGUCAACACAACACCUGUGGUGAGUCAUGUGACCGCUGCUGCCCAGGCUUUCACCAGAAACCGUGGCGUGCUGCAACCAUCGACAACCCCAACGAGUGCCAGCCUUGCCACUGUUUCUCCCAUGCCUUCGACUGUUAUUAUGACCCGGAGGUGGAAAAAAGGGGAGCAAGUUUAGACACCUUCGGCAGGUACGACGGAGGAGGAGUGUGCAUCAGCUGCCAGCACAACACUGAUGGAGUGAACUGUGAGCGAUGUCGUGAAGGUUUCUACCGACCUUAUGGAGUACCUCCCGAAUCUCCUGCUGGAUGCAUUGCCUGUAGGUGUGACACCAGGGUGACAGCCGGCUGUGAAAUGGGGUCUGGAAGGUGCAUCUGCAAGCCACAGUAUGCUGGAGAAAACUGCGAUCGCUGCGCUGACGGUUACUACGGAUUUCCUCACUGCAUUCGGUAUCCCAUAUACCAGACGACCACACAGUCGCCUGCAGGACCAAUUGUGGAGUGCAUGUGCGACUACAGAGGGACUGUGCGUGAGGUGUGUGACGCUUUAGGGCGCUGCCUGUGUCGCCAGGGCGUGUACGGGGAGCGGUGUGACCGCUGUUUACCAGGACACCACUCCUUCCCAGAAUGCCACGCGUGUCUGUGUGACGGGGCUGGUGUGGCUCACAGUUCCUGCAGUCCAAGCGGGCAGUGUUUUUGUCACAGCAACUAUGAAGGGCAGCGGUGUGACAAAUGUGCACCGGGACACUACGGAUACCCCGACUGUAGCGUGUGUCAGUGCACGCCAGAAGGGUCACAUGGCACUGAGUGUAACCCACUGUCAGGUCAGUGCCUGUGCCUCCCUGGUGUGGUGGGCCAGCGGUGUGACCGCUGUGCUGCAUCUGGGCUCAGGUUUCCGCAGUGCUCAGAGCCAGUUAUCUGCCCUCCUGGUUAUUUUGGUUCACCAAACUGUCAGCAGUGCGUGUGCAACUACAGAGGGACUAUGCGCGAGGUGUGCGACGCUUCAGGGCGCUGCCUGUGUCGCCAAGGCGUGCACGGGGAGCAGUGUGACCGCUGUCUUCCAGGACACCACUCCUUCCCAGAAUGCCGCGAGCCAGUUGUCUGCCCUCUUGGUUAUUUUGGUUCACCUAACUGUCAGCAGUGCAUGUGCGACUACAGAGGGACUGUGCGCGAGGUGUGCGAUGCUUUAGGGCGCUGCCUGUGUCGCCAGGGUGUGCACGGAGAGCGGUGUGACCGCUGUCUACCAGGACACCACUCCUUCCCAGAAUGCCACGAGCCAGUUGUCUGCCCUCCUGGUUAUUUUGGUUCACCAAACUGUCAGCAGUGCGUGUGCGACUACAGAGGGACUGUGCGUGAGGUGUGUGACGCUUCAGGACGCUGCCUGUGUCGCCAAGGCGUGCACGGGGAGCAGUGUGACCGCUGUCUACCAGGACACCACUCCUUCCCAGAAUGCCGUGCGUGUCUGUGUGACGGGGCUGGUGUGGCUCACAGUUCCUGCAGUCCGAGCGGGCAGUGUUUUUGUCGCAGCAACUAUGAAGGGCAGCAGUGUGACAAAUGUGCACCGGGACACUACGGAUACCCCGACUGUGCCGUGUGUCAGUGCAUGCCAGAAGGGUCACAUGGCACUGAGUGUAACCCACUGUCAGGUCAGUGCCUGUGCCUCCCUGGUGUGGUGGGCCAGCGGUGUGACCACUGUGCUGCAUCUGGGCUCAGGUUUCCGCAGUGCUCAGUCCCCAUCAGUCUGUGCAGCCCAGCCGGAUCUGAAGGCAUUGAUCCACAAACGGGUUCUUGCCGCUGCCGACCAAAUGUAGUGGGAGCCACAUGUGACACAUGUAAAUCGCUCUACUGGAAUCUGGCCACAAACAACCCUCAGGGCUGUACAGAGUGUCGCUGUGAUGUAAGAGGGACUUUAAGUGGUGUUGGGGAGUGUGACCAGAAAAGUGGACAGUGUUAUUGUAAGCUGAAUGCUUGUGGACGUGCAUGCGACUCCUGUGAAGAGGGUUUCUUUCUGCUGCAGAAACGGAAUUACUUUGGCUGUCAAGGUUGUCAGUGUGAUGUUGGCGGUGCAGUUGGAGUGGGAUGUGAUGACACGUCAGGACAAUGUCGCUGUCGAAAGAAUGUGGUUGGCCGAAAAUGCAAUGAACCAGCACCAAACUACUACUUCCCCACUCUACACCAACUCAAAUUUGAGGCAGAGGAUGGAACAACACCCAAUGCCAGGCCUGUGCGUUUUGGCUAUGACCCUCGAGAGUUCCCAGAAUUCAGCUGGAGAGGUUAUGCUGUAUUGUCUCCAGCACAGAAUGAAAUCAGAGUACCUGUGCAUGUUGACCCCCAAGAUGGGAAACAGCACUUAUUCCGUGUGGUUCUGCGGUUCACUAACCCCAGCAGCAGCACAGUGACGGGUAGCAUCAUGGCUACCAAUAACAAGGGCACCUCAGGGUCAAAUCAGAGCAAGGAGGUGGUUUUCCCAAAGAGUCCCACCCCGGCCUUCCUCACUGUUCCAGGAGAGGGAUUUGCUGAGCCCUUUGCAUUGACUCCUGGGAAAUGGAUGGUUCACAUACAGGCACAGGGAAUUCUGCUGGACUACUUAGUAUUGCUGCCCAGGGAUUACUAUGAAGCACCGCUCCUGCAGAAAACGAUCACACAGCCGUGCACAUACUUACCCACUGCAACCAGAGACACAAACUGCCUCUUGUAUAAGAAUGUUGCCAUGGAUGGGUUCAGCUCUGCACUGGGCUCAAAAGGAAAGCUAUCUAACCGCAGUGGGCGCAAGAGGCGGCAGGCGCGUGUGCAGCGUCCCACCCCAAAUCACCCUGAGAUGGCUCUUCUCAGUGGCAAACAGUCUCAGCUCCAGCUCAGUCUGCGUGUGCCUCACCCCGGUCCAUACGCUCUUGUUCUGGAGUACGUCAGUGAGGUGGACAUGGUCCAGAAUGUUAACUUAGUUAUCAGUGGGCAGUCAGCAAGAGCCAACAUUUACAGUUGUGCCUUCAGCUUCAUGUGCCGGAGUGUGGCAGUGGACAGCGGUCACCGUGUUGCAUUCUUGCAGCUCACACACACAACGGUGUUGCUCCUGCAGACUUCCACCGACUCAUUCCUGCUGUACAAAGUGUAUGCAGUGCCUGCAGAGGACUUCUCUAUGGAGUACGUGGAGCCCAAGGUGCUCUGUGCCUCCAUUCAUGGCCCCUUCAAUGAAGUCAGUCAGCACUGUGUGCAGAUGCAGUUCCGUAAGCCUCCCGAUGCUUGGAUUUUGGAAGCAGCUCGUGAUGGCCAGCGAUCCUCCGUGCCCGACGUUGCCCCUGACGGAGUGGAGACUAUAGAGCUGAGACGGAGACGACAGUCCAGGGCGGUGCAUGCCCGCGAACCCCAGUGUGAUGGGGUCCUGCUUAAAUACCCGCAGACACAGAUUAGUUUUACACCCAGAGUGCCGCUCCCGGGCAGGUAUGUGGUGGUGCUCCAUUACCGCCAGCCUGAACAUAUCUCAUUCCCGGUGGAGGUCAAAGUGGACGCAGGGCGUGACUGGACCGGUUCAGUAAAUGCCUCCUUCUGCCCCGCUGUCUCCGGCUGCAGGGACGUUGUCGUCGCUGACGGCCGCAUUGCUCUUGAUUUGAAGCCGGAGUCCUGGCGGCUGCCCACCAUCUCUGUGACCAUACCGCCUGGAAAAACCCUUGAGCUGCUUUACAUCAUGUUGGUUCCUGACAGCAGCUACACUCCAGAUCUCCUUAAAGAGAAGCCACUGGAUAAAUCUGCUGAUUUCAUGCAGCAGUGCAGCGGAGACGCGCUUCAUAUCCAUCCCAGAAAUUCCUCUCAGUUCUGCACAGACUCCGCCCGCUCUCUUGUGGCAGCCUAUAAUGAUGGAGCUCUACCUUGCAAUUGCGACACCUCGGGAUCCACAGCGACCUCUUGUGACCCGGUGGGCGGGCAGUGCCCCUGCAGGCAGCAUGUCAUCGGACGACAGUGCACAAAAUGCGCCACGGGCUAUUACAGCUUCCCCUACUGCAAACCGUGUGAGUGCGGCCCACGGCACCUGUGUGAUGAGGUGACCGGACGCUGUAUCUGCCCUCCUCAGACGAUCCUACCGGCCUGUGACGUUUGCCAGAAUCAGAUGUUUAGCUACCACCCUCUGCUCGGCUGCGAGGACUGCGAAUGCUCCCCGACUGGCAUCAGAGUCAAAGCAGGGCCCAACUGCGACCGUGUUACUGGACAGUGCACUUGUAAGCCCAGGAUUGGUGGACGGCGGUGCGAUCGUUGCGCUGCAGGAUAUUAUCGCUUUCCGGACUGUUUGCCGUGUAACUGUAAGCGAGGCGGCGUCACUCCAGAUGUCUGUGACCCAGAUACGGGGAAGUGCCUCUGCAAGAGGAAUGUUGCGGGCAAACGGUGCAACACCUGUCGGGAAGGUUCCUUCUAUUUUGACCCCUCUGACCCUAAGGGCUGCACGAAGUGCCUUCUGCUCAGAGUAACUGACCGGUGUCAGAGCUCCAGCAACGCAGGGGGAAGGUGUUUUGUGAAGAUGCACGGCUGGUGUUUGGAAAGUCCCGAUCUGCAGGAGAUUCCCACUGCGCUCAACACAGUCAGUAACACAGCUGUGGCAGAUGUCCAGGAGCUUCCUCCUACAGUCCAGGAGCUACACUGGGUGGCACCACCUUCCUACCUGGGUAACAAGGUUUCGUCUUAUGGUGGUUUCCUUACCUACCAGUCCAAAUCUUUUGGCAUUCCCAGUGAAGGGAUGACUCUGAUGGACAGAAGACCGGACAUCAUACUCAAUGGUCAUAAUAUGACUCUUAUCCACAUGUCACCACAACUCCCAUCUCCGGAUAGGCUUUAUCAGGGCAGAGUCCAACUUGUAGAGGGAAACUGGCGCCAUGCAGGUACCAACAGGCCAGUGUCCAGAGAGGAACUGAUGAUAGUCCUAGCUAGUCUGACCGACCUAAGGAUCCGAGCUCUCUACUUUACUAAAACCCAGAGACUUAGUUUAGGGGAGGUGGGCAUGGAGAUGACCACUGAGGAAGGAUCCGGUGUCCCCGGCAACAUUGUGGAAGAUUGUACUUGCCCCCCGCAGUAUGCUGGAGACUCUUGUGAGAAAUGCGCCCCUGGAUUCUACAGAGAUGUCAACUUGCCAAAUCUGGGCGUGUGUGUGCCCUGUGACUGCAACGGUCUGGCCGACGAGUGUGAUGAAAGGACAGGCAGGUGUCUGAACUGUCGCUAUGACACAGCUGGCGACCACUGUGAGCGAUGCAAAAAAGGUUUUUAUGGCAACCCAGCUCAGAGGACAUGCCGAGUGUGCCCGUGCCCGUUGAGUACGCCUAACAACAGCUUUGCAGUCGGCUGCAGGGAGUUUGCCGGAGAACUUCAGUGCACGUGCAGAACGGGCUACACGGGACACAAGUGUGAGAGGUGUGCCCCUGGUUACUAUGGUGAUCCACUGAUAAUAGGGGGGCGCUGUCAUCCCUGUAAUUGUAUCGGUAACAGUAACACCUGUGAUGCCAGGACUGGAGUUUGCAAGAACACGCUCGAGCCGAAAGACACAAACACCGAUGAUUUUUGCCGAGAGUGUGAUAGUUGUGUGCAGACGUUACUGCACGAUUUGGAGAAGCUGGAUGAUGAACUGCGGAACAUAAAGGCUGAGCUGGAGAACAUGACUGCAAAUGCUUCCUCGCAGGAGGAUCUGCAAAAGCUGGUGAAAGCUGUGUCAGACACCAAGAUUCUCGUCAACAAAUUCAACUCCUCCAUCACCAAACAGAAGUCCAAAGUCGAUGAACUGGAACAGGAUAUGAUCACGCUCAAUAAAGACGUUGACUCUGUUGAAGAAAAGGCAGAUAAAAUGGCUGAUGAUGCCAGCAAGUCAGUGGCAGAUGUGGAAAAAACCCACAACCGGGCUAAGCAGCUAGAUGACGAAGUUAAAAAUAUGCUCAAGAAAAUUCAAGACCUGCUGGAUCGGUUGAGGGACUGGACCGCUGGUGUUACGGUGGUCAGUGAAGACUUGGCUAAAAUGUUAGAGGAAGCAGAGCGCAUGGUGAAGGAAAUGCAGCAAAAGAACUUCACCCCCCAGAAAACUGCAGCUGAGGAAGAGAGAGAAGCUGCCAAAAAAUUGCUGGACUACAUCAAGAAUGACGUAAGUAAGCAGUCAGACCAGAAUGAGGCUGCAGCAGAGAAGCUUCGGGACCUUUUGGACAACUAUAACACCAAACUGAAGGACCUGGACAGAGCUCUGAAGGAGGCGGUGGAUAAGGUGAAAAAAGCCAACACCCAGAAUGGACUCAGCGCUCAGACACUGGACGAUCUCCUGAGGCGUAUUGACGAGUUAAAAAGAGAGCGGAAGAUGGUUGAGGACCAGAUGGCCAUGGCAGAGGAUGAGCUGCAGAAAGUGGAAGACCUGAUAAACGGGCUGUCUGACAGUAAAACGGACUAUGAACGGCAGGCGGCACAGCUGGAUGGUGCCAGAAAUGAUUUGACCAAGAAGGUGAAUGAGGUUACCAAAGCAGCAGCCCAAGAGGGCAUCGUGAAGGAUGCUGAGGAACAUGCUAAGAACCUUGCCAAGCUAGCUAAGGAUCUUGAAGGAGCUGUGAAGAAUGCAACAGGACGCCCUGAGGUGAUCAACGCCAAAGAUGCCAUUGAUGCCUACAAGAACAUCACAGAUGCAAUUAAUGCUGCUGAGGCUGCGGCCAAUGAAGCCAAACAGGCAGCAGACAAUGCCUUAAAGAAUGUAAAAGAUCAGAAUCUCACAAAAAGAGCAAAAGACCUGAAAAACCGAAGCAAUGAUGCACUGAAUGGUGCAAAAGCAGCUGAGAAAGACCUUGAAGAUAUUAAAGACGACCUUAAUGAUGUGACAGAUCGCUUGAAGAAUGCUGCCAACAAGAAGAACCUUCUUGAGAAUGAUCUUAAUGGUAUUCAGGACAGAAUGAAGGACAUCAAUAGAGAUGACAUUAGCGAUAUGAUCAAUGAAGCCAAGAUGAAAGCCGCUUUAGCCAAUGAGACAGCCAACGACACAACAGACAAACUGAAUGACAUCAAAAAGCAAAUCGAAGCCAUCAAAGUCCCGGCUGUGCACUCCAACCUGAGUAGUGUCAUGGACGAGGUGGAUGAGUCAGUGAAGAAAUUGUUGAAGACCAUACCUUCUCUGACCGAUAAGAUCUCAGAGGUGGAGAACCUCACUUCAGAGUUUUCACCUUUAAGCAACAUAACUGACAACAUCAAGAAGAUCAAAGACCUCAUUGAACAAGCACGAAAUACAGCAAACAGGAUUACGGUCCCUAUGAUGUUCAAAGGUGAUGGCUACGUUGAGAUGCGUCCCCCAAAGGAUCUGGAUGAUCUGAAGGCUUACACGACCAUGUCUUUGUCACUGCAAAGACCGGAAAGCAGAGGAGAUGGAAGACGCAGACGCAGACAGACUACAGACAAAGGAAACAUGUUCGUGUUGUACCUUGGUAAUAAAGAUUCUUCUAAAAACUACAUAGGUAUGGCUCUGAGGAAUAACGUGCUCUACACUGUGUACAAACUCAACGGACAAGUGUAUCAGUUGGAAACAGGUCAAAUCUCAGAAUCUGCACCAGAACCAGCCAUGUUUGACAGAGUGGACCUGCGCAGAACUUACCAAGACUUUGAAGUGAGCCUUACCAAAGAGAUCACAUCAGGUGCACCCGCUGCACCACUCACCAAAACCAGCCAGGGCGUUGAGACCAAGAACCUUCUAAACCUUGAACCUGAUGAUAUGGUUUUCUAUGUUGGAGGCUACCCUUCCAACUUCACACCUCCACCAUCACUCAACUACCCCAAGUAUGAAGGCUGCAUAGAGUUUGUCUCCUUUAAUGACCGAAUCAUCAGUCUCUACAAUUUCCAAAAGGCAGAGAAGGUCAAUUUGGUGACGCCAUGCAAAAGAUAUUUACCAAAGCAGCCCAGUGAGUACUAUGAAGGCACUGGAUACGCCGAAGUUCCUUUAGAUAAUGGCUUUUUCAGUCUCAACAUGGCCAUCAAUAGUCUUUCAUCAAAUGGUCUGCUCCUAUACAUUGGAAAUGAGAUGACGUACUACAUUGUGACGAUUGAGAAAGGUGAAAUUUUCCUACACAGCAAUCUGGAGUAUAAAUCAACUCCACAAAACGUGAAGUCCUUCCCAACAAAAGAGUCGGCAGAGUUCGCCAUGAGAUUCAGAGCUGCUGGUCAAGACAAGGGAAGCUUUAUAGUCACAAUGUCGAACAAACUUGUGCUACAAACCACAGUUGAGUACAGACCAGACGACAUGAAACGACUGUACAUUGGUGGAGCACCGCGCAGCCUGAGAGAAAAGUUCAACAUUACCAACCAGCCUUUCAAAGGAUGCAUGAACAGCGUUAAGCUGAAUACCAAUCCUGUAAAUCCUAUUGAGAAGUUUGGCAUUAGCAACGGUUGCCCCGAAUAUUCGCUGAUUUCUCGUAAAGCAGAGUUUAGCUUGGGGAGUUCCCUAUCAGAUGAUCUCAAAGGCUUUAGCCUGGCAGAUAAUGUGGUUGUCUCCCUCGGCUUCAAGAGUACCGAGAAUCAAGGUCUCCUCCUGCAGAACAAACAAGCGGCUGAUGGCAUUAAUCUUGCUUUGGAAAAUGGACACGUGGUUCUUACAUUCAGUGACAAGACUUGGAAAUCUAACAACCAGUACAGUGAUGGAAAAUGGCAUUAUUUGACUGUAAACAGAAAAUCUGGCAGGGUUCAGUUUCUUAUUGAUGAUAAAGAUGAGGGUCAAGAGCAGAGUGGCGGCACCGCCGUACCCGACACAGGUGGAUCCGUGUUCCUGGGCAGAAACAACUUCAAAGGCUGUAUUUCCAACCUCUACACACGACGCCCGCAGAAUCUGUUCAAGAUUGAGGACUUGAGUGCCUUUGUGACUUCUGGGAAUGUUCUGGUGGAUGUUUGCCCGGCCGACGCUCCUGCACAGCAGAUGCUUGACCGCAGCACCAAGAAGGAUGUUACAAUGGGGGCAGUCAAUGAGACUCUGUCAGCGUGUGCACUUCCAGGUGUGAUUCCGCAUGCUUACCGCAUGGGGGGUUCCGUCAGUAGACUGAGCUACAACCUGCCGCCGCAGGCCGGGCAUCCUCGGCUCCACUUUUCUCUCGAUGUCAGGACACGAUCUCUGGAAGGGCUCCUGUUUUUCGCUGCUACCAAAAGAGGGCGCUCUCAUUUUGCUUUGUACAUGUCCAAGGGCAGAAUCCGAUUAUCUGUAGGAAAAGAGCUGGAGAUCUUCAACAGGGAGAAGUACAAUGAUGGAAAAUGGCAUUCGGUCAUAUUCAGUUUGGAAAAGAAGAAAUUCCGAUUGGUUGUAGAUGGGAUCAGAGCUCAGGAUGGUCAGCUGACAAACGCUGAGUUGGCAUCAAUGGAACUGAUGUCACCAGUGUACAUGGGCAGCACUCCAGAAUCCCUGCACAAGGAGUUAAAGUGGAAGAGUUUACCAAAGCAAAGUGUGUCCGGUUGUGUGCGCAGUCUCAGGAUAUAUGGAGCACCGAUGUCACAUCCCACCACAAAUCAAGGCGCUGGGCCCUGCUUUGAUGGACAGACCCAAAAAGGAGCAUAUUUCUCAGGGAAUGGCGCACACAUCGUUCUCAGCAACACCUUUGUUGACGACUCUGGCUUUGAGCUGCUGUUUAGCAUUCGUCCAAGGAGUCCAACUGGACUUCUGCUGCAUGUCGGUGAUUCCAGAAAGACCCAAUAUGAACCAACGAUGGACCAUUAUUUGAGUGUCUACAUGCUCAGAGGGAAGGUAGUGGCACAAGUCAACAAUAGAAACGAAGAAUUCAAGGUGUCAGUGCGGCCAAACGCUUCCUUAUGUGAUGGAAUGUUUCAUAAAAUAUCAGUGAUAAAGAGGAAAAAUGUUUUACAACUGCAUGUCGACACUGUUGGCACUUACAAGAUUGGACCACCAACAUUCACAUCCACUUUGACCAAAGACCCACUGUAUGUGGGUGGAAUUCCCGACAAGUUCCAUGUACAGCAGAUGCUCCCGGUCACCUCGUCCUUCACAGGCUGCAUCAAGGACAUGGGGAUCAACGGCAAGUCGGUCUUUUUCGAGAGGCUUCCUGGUGUGUUUGGUCCAAUCAACCUCAGAGAGUGUCCCGCAGGAUAAACAAACAAACAAACAUAUGUGACUGCUUCAUCACCAAACUUUGGGACCAUGUCCACCAUCAAACAUGUGCAAUGAGUUACCAGGACAGAAAAUGUCUUUGUGUGUGAGACUGUAAGUAUUAAUGUGAAUGUAUGAGUCUGUGAGGAACAAGAUACAACGCUGUACAAAUUUCUGUAUUUAUUUUGUGAUUGAAAUUGUGGUAUUACAAUACCCACUCAUGAAUGCAUAUUUCUCACAGCUCUUUGAUAUGGUUUAUUCCCCCUCGUUGGCAAUCAAUUGCUCCUGAAUGUGCUUGUUUUUGAGCAGGGCUGCAGUAUGAUUGACCCAGCACUUUAAGAAACAAACCACAUGCCUUUUGUGAUGGUGCUUUAGUGGAGGAUCAAUACUACUGAUCUUCUUUAUUUGUUGGACUCAGUUUUUCUAUUUGAAUAAGAUGUGGUUUACACAGGAAUUUCAGGGUUUUUUGAGGCUUUUAAUGCUGAUGUUGCCAAGCCAGUCAAUAUAAUUCUAUAUGCGUACAUGGAGUCUAUAUAUAAGCCUUAAUUUCACAUGGUUUUCUAUAAAGUACAGUAGCCCUGAGGUGCACAACAACAAUGUAAGAAACACAUUAACAAAUCAGACAACAUUUUAGGAGACAAUCAAAAACACAAGCCCAUUUAAAAAAACACAUGAACAAAUCAGAAAAUAUUUACAAAACCAUAAUUACAUUAAAGUAGAAUUUUCCUCGACAUGGCCUUGAAGUGGAAAACACAACUGCAUUUGAGAAAACACUUCAAAAACAAAAAUAAAAGUACAUGAACAAAAACACCACAGAGAUAAAUAAUAAAACAUGUUCUUUAUUCAGCAUGGCCCUGAAGUGCAAAACAACCACAUGAGUAAAUAUUUUAACCAAAACCAACAUGCUUUAUAAAAUGUUCUUCUGUUUUAUAUUUGUUUUGUUUUUAUUCCAGUCACUUAGAAUAAUUUGUACUUCAGGGUUGCACUGAGGAAAAUUACAUGUUGAUUUUCUUUAUUUAUUAAUAUAUUUUGAUGAAAUUUGAUUUUGAAUUUUACUGUUUUCCAUAAUGACAUAAUUUUUUGUAUGUAUUAUUGUUUUGUAAAAUGUGUUUUCUGCUUUGUCAUUGCUCUGAAUAUUCCUAAUAUGCAUUCCUUUGCAUGCAUGAAAAUGUUCUAUAAGACAAUUUUAUGAAUGUAACUAAUUGUAUAUUGGUUUUAAAACUCUCAUAGUUACACCUGGCCUUAAUCAAAAAUGUUUUAUAUUUUAUUUUUGAGGGCACUAUGAUGAUACAACAAGAAACC